UCCCUGGCUAGGUACUCAACCUCCACGCCCUUCUGUACAUAGUCCGUACGCCCCAUCACCCAUGCUGGAAUCCCACCUAACAUUACUCGCUACCACUGCGUAAUAUAGUCUGGACACUCCCCAGGGCCACCGAGAGGGCCAACCUUCGAUCCAAAUACUGUAAUGCCCGUGCCAAAUCCUCGACGAAAUCAACCACAGCGGAAGUCACACCCUCCCAUCACAUUAUGGAUCCGAUCAUCUUCACCCCACGGCUGAAGUUGACUCUGAUCACGAAAGCAGAGCGAGGCAGUCCCGAACUCGAAUGGCUACAUGAAGUACGCAGCAACGAAAAGGCCACAUGGUGGAGGUAAGAAUGUGUUUCUAUUUCCAUUCCUCUUGAUUACUGCUGCAGUCCCAGGUCCAUGCGGGAGGUAUCUCAUUCUCUUAUUCACGGCCAACAAAAGACCCUCGAGGACACGGAGAAGGUCAUCGCAGGAUUCUUGCCUGUACCUCUGCCUGCACCUUUGCCAACCGACAACCCCCAGAACCCCGACACCUCCGACGCAGAAGACGAAAAGACAUACCGAGUCGUCUACGCCGUGCAUCAGCUCCCUAGAUCGCCAGACCCUCCUCUUGUUGGAGAACAGACAGAUCAACCCGCAACGACAACCAAUACCACCACCACUCCCACUACCGUAGACCAGUCGCAAUCGCAAUCCCAUGCGCAAUCACAAUCACAAAACCCAACCACAGCAACAACCUUCAUCGGUCUCGUAACUCUCACCUCCUUAAAUGCCAACACCCUCGACCUCCCCACACAUCUCACCACUCUUCCGACAACAACGACCACUAGCACCACCAGCACGACCACCACCAGCGCGACCACGACGAAACCCCUAACCGUCGAACUAGCAUACAUGUUCCUCCCCACCUCCUGGGGUCAAGGCUACGCCACCGAGUCCGUCAACGCAGUCUUCUCAUCCUGUCAGAGAGCGGGAGCCCCAGGAUCGCGGUCUCUGUCUUUCUGGUCCCCCUUCUCGUCCGUCACAGUCCGAGCAAUCGUGAACCAAGGCAACCCGGCGAGCAUGCGAGUCAUGCACAAGACCGGCAUGACCAAGACCGGUGUCUACGAGCUGACCGGUCGACGUGUUUUCCUUGCUGGAGAAUGGCGAGAACACCACAGUCUUCACAUCUUCAUCCGGCGUCUGUUCUAGACCAGCGGACGGCCACAGUCUUUCAUAUCUUCACCCGGCAUCUGCAGUAGUCAGAUCGACAAGACCUACAAGAUCGACAAGACCGGACCUAAACUGGGAGGUGGUGCAGGCGCGAUACCACGCAUAAAUACUCGUUUCUCUUCAAGGCAACCCGGGUCUCGUAUAACUACGGAGUACUAGGUAGUAUUUGUAGUAUUCCAACUGGGCCAGCAGGGCCUGAAAAGGGACCGCCUCUCUAGCAGACGAGAGUCUCCACGCAAAAGCCUCUAGAUACUGCGUCUUGCAAGGACGAACUUGAUCGGCUUUCUACAAGGGACUGAAAACAGUGUUCCACAGUCUCACAAUAAAUGCAUGUUCUGA